AUGGCUGUGAUGAAAAUCAAGUUCAACCAGAAGAAAAGGGUAAAACUAGCACAGGGACUAUGGCUCAUGAACUGGUUUUCAGUAUUUGCAGGCAUUGUUGUUUUUUCAAUGGGAUUGUUCCUGAAAAUCGAACUCAGGAAGCGAAGCGAAGUGAUGGACAAUUCUGAAAGCCACUUUGUGCCCAAUUCCUUGAUAUUGGUGGGUCUACUAGCUUGCGCCUUCAAUGCUUUAGCAGGCAAGAUAUGCUAUGAUUCACUGGAUCCUGCUAAAUUUACAAAAUGGAAGCCUCUCCUGAAACUUUACCUGGUAUUGUGUUUCUUUUUUAACUUCUUCCUUUGUUUCGUGGCUCUUGUUUGCUUCCUUGGGAAGGGUUCUCUGGAAAGUACACUAGGACUCGGCCUAAAAAAUGGUAUGAAGUUCUACCGAGAUACAGAUACCCCAGGAAGGUGCUUCAUGAAGAAGACCAUCGACAUGCUCCAGAUUGAAUUCAAAUGUUGUGGAAACAACGGUUUUAGAGACUGGUUUGAGAUUCAGUGGAUCAGCAACAGAUACUUGGAUUUUGGAUCCAAGGAAGUGAAAGAUCGCAUCAAAAGCAACGUGGAUGGCAGAUACUUGGUGGACGGUGUGCCCUUCAGCUGCUGCAACCCCAGCUCCCCACGGCCAUGCAUCCAGUACCAGGUUUCUAAUAACUCCGCACACUACAGCUACGACUACCAGACGGAGGAGCUCAAUCUAUGGAACCGUGGCUGCAAAGAGGCUCUGCUCAAGUACUACAGCAGCAUGAUGAACACCAUGGGAAUUGUCGUCCUCUUUGUCUGGCUUUUUGAGGUAUCGGUGAUGAUAGGCUUGAGGCUGCUACAUACUUCUCUGGAAAACGUUGCCAAUCCAGAAGAUCCCGAAUGUGAGAGUGAAGGCUGGGUCCUGGAGAAGAGUCUAAAACACACUUUCAAAUCCACUCUGGAAAAUUUGAAAAAUAUCGGUAAGUUCAACCAAGUGAAUGCAGGCGAAGAAGGCGCAGAAGGAGAAGAAGGCGCAAAAACCCAAGCUGUCUCGACCGUCAGUUGAGUUUCUUGGAUGACAAGACUGUUACUAAAGACUGAGAAUUGUGAAUAUUCGCUUUUUUAAAAAGGUAUAAGCCAUCAAAGCUAUACAUUUAUAUGCACAAAACACCCACUUUUGUACAUAUGGCGAAUACAGUAUAGUGUAUUUUGGAGCAAUACAGGCAUCCUUACAGUAGAUGUGUCAGACCGCCAAUAAUUUCUAUGGGAAAUGGCCAUAACAUGAAGCUUUAAAGCAGCUAUGUCCACUUGUUAGGACCAUUAUAUUCACAACUCAAGUAACAUUCCAUAAGAAAUGCAAUGCAAAAAAUUGGUUGGCGUUACUGGUGUUUUGUCUCAUGCAGUUGGGAACUAAAUGGGGAAAUGCAAGUUAAAUAUUUUUGUAUUUGUUUACAAAUAUAUUUGGGGAAAUCCUUUUUUUUUUUUUUUUGGUAAUUAAAGGCUAUUGGUAGUUAAGGGCCCUUCUUGGUGGGGCAUAUGAAUUCAAAUUAGUGGAAACCUAUAUAGAAUAACAGUGUUUAGCCUCUUUUUAUUGGGCAAAGAUCCCAGUGACAGGUGUUUAACGUGUGAAGAAAGACCUUCUGCCAUGUUCAUAAGCUGUACAAACACAGAGACUAAAGUUUUGCUGAACUUUUAUGCACUGAAAACACAUUUGUAAUUUGAUAGACCCAACAUCACAUUGAUUUGAACACCAAAAUAAGCUACAGCCUAAGUUGCUGGUGGCUGCCCCAAGUGCAGUAAUAUCAAUACAUUUGUAAUAAUUAGGCAUUUCUAUAUUUCAGCUAGUGGAAAGAUUCAGGCUCACAAUGCCAAAUUUUCCUGGCAGUUAUAAUAAACUGAAUAAGGAAAACUAAAUCUAAACUAUAACCUGUAAUAUAAUCAUGGCAACCAACUUGUUAUCCUUGGUCACCAGAGGAAGAAGUUGCCACAGAAACCACCACUUGGUGUGGAAAUUUUCCUGGAUAUUGAUACAUGUGAACUAAUGAUACAAGCAAGAGCCACACAUUAAAUGAAUAAAUUGGAUGCAAUGCAAAGAGAAAGAGAGAGAGAGAAGGGCUGGGGGAGUAGCAGCAGUGUUACUUAGUGGUUUCUGCAACCAAACCUUAUCCUGUGUAGUGGUUCAAUGCAUUUUGCUUACAGUAUGAUACAGGGCAGAACAUAGCAAAUAAGACAUAAUGUUAUGGGGCGUCUGAGGAGAAGCUCAUUUGCAGAAGGCACAACGGAUCAUAAGAAGUAAGACUGCCCAACUCUCUCAUGGAUACAGAGAUACAGCCAUAGCUGGAGAUGUGGAGAGCUUUGUAAGAGACAACACUGAAGUUGUUAUGAAAUGAGAGGAGGUCGAGACUUAAGAAAAGAUGUGAUGUGAUCAUAGUGAUAGAAGCCAAGCAGCCUGAACAAAUUGAACAGGCACGAUACAAAUAGAGGAAAUGUUAAUGAUGAGGUUGUAAUAAUCUUAAUGGGUGAAAUGCAUACAAGGGUUUUAGCAACAGGUGCAGAGAGAAAGGGGUAGAUCUUGUAUAUAGGACAGGAAGGUUUCAACGGCAAACGUCUAACCAAAUCCUAGGCAGACUGGAUUUUUAAAGUUCAGAUGCUAUUGUUGCACAUCUCCUCUUCAUCAGCAAGCUCUGCUAUACAAUGUUUACUCUUUCCCAGCUAUAGACAAAUAUCUCAUCUGCCCAAUUUUCAGCUCCUCCACCCAAAAUGUUUAGACCACUGGCAUCAACUUCUCUGGGUCCUAAAAUAAUUCUGCUCUUCAGUAUCUGACCUUUGAAAUCAAAUAUUAUAAAUGGAGAUAUCUGCUAUGAAUGUCAGAAGCAGUAAGCCACAUAGCAAUUACAGAAGUAGAGUACCAUAAGCAACACAUUAGAGAUAUUUUAGACAAGCAUUUGGGAAAGACUUUUUGUGAGAAUUAAACAAUCUCAGUUUGGGAGAGUUCAUUGUGUUAUGCUCCAUACACAACACAUUACUAGCUGUGCAAAGUUCCAGAGAGUUUCUUGUAUCACAUCUAAGCUUACUGCAAUCCUAGAAGUUAUUUAUUUAAACCGUCACUCUGUAUAGAUGUGGGUUUGUUCUCAUCAUCUAUUUUUUUAAUGCAACAUCUUCUUGCCAUAUCAGAAUACCUGGUUCACUUACAAAACCAUCGCAUUCUCACAGUUGAUCUCAGCAAUAUCUUCAUUAUGUUAGUUGUGCAAAGACUGUAGAAAACAGGUUUGUGUCAGAAUACAGGAAACAUAGAAAUUAUCUGCUAAGGAAAUGAGAACUAAUUCUUAUAAACGAGUCCCUUUUCCCUGGGUCCACCACUGGGUUGUGUUGUCUUCCAUAGGAGAAAAUAUGCACACAAAGUUUAAGUUUAUGCUCAUAUGUUUUUCUGACCUUAUCCCUUUGGCAGGAAUAUAACCCAGUGUUAAAGGUUGCCCUUGAGAAGACAGGGAAAACCAGUCACAAACACAUCAGAAAACAAUUGUGUAAGAGAAGGUCUUCCAGUUCAUGAGGGUCUUUGACAUGACUCCUUUGUAUUAUGCAAUUUGUAAUAUUUAUUUGUCCUGUCAAACAAGAGGUUCUGUGAUACUGUAAAUGCCAUUUAAAUAUAUUUGUAGGUGCUGUUUGCAAAUGUGAAUGUAGAUAUUCUAAAACUUAUUUUAAGCAUACUUGUUACAAGAAAAUGUUGAAAUAUAUUAUGUUUAAUACA